GACCCGGGCGGAGGGAUACAGUGAGGACUACACCCAAGAGCCUGGUCGGUUGCAGCGGCUUCUUUCCGUUGCCCAGACUAGAAGAAAGCCGGGACGUGACGAAGUCGGGGGAGUUACUUGCUUGCUGGAGGCCCGUUAAACCAUUGAUAAAUACAGCUUUCCUCUCAGUGUCUUCGUCGCCCGAGAGACGUUUGUACCCCAGCUCGAUCUUGUCAUCCUAGAACUCAUUCUUGAAAAAUGUCCUGGCAAAGCUACGUGGACAACCUGAUGGCUGAUGGCAGCUGCCAGGACGCGGCCAUUGUUGGGUAUACGGACGCCAAAUACGUCUGGGCAUCGCAUGGCGACGGUACAUUUGCCAACGUAACGCCUGAAGAAAUUGACGUGUUAGUAGGAAAGGACAGAGAGGGAUUCUUCACCAGUGGGAUGACCUUAGGCAAUAAGAAGUGCUCCGUUAUCAGAGACAGCCUCAACGUCGAUGGUGACUGGACAAUGGACAUCCGGACAAAGAGUCAAGGAGGAGAGCCAACAUACAACGUUUCUGUAGGCAAAGCUGGCAAAGCAAUGGUUUUUGUCAUGGGGAAUGAAGGUAUCCAUGGAGGGCAGCUCAACAAGAAAGCAUAUACGAUGGCUGAUUACCUGAGGAAAUCCGGAUACUAAAGCAGCCUGUACCCAGCCACCUAGCAGCUCACCCUUACCACCCUGUUGCAUUUCACACCACUUCCAGUCCUAGUUGGUAGAUUUGUUUUGUUUCUCUUCUGCUUCUUCUCUCCUAUUUGUUAUCACCCCCCUUUUUUGUCAUCUACCCCUAACCUUCCCCCUCCUCAACACACUUGCUUUUUUGUUUUUACCCCCUCUACCCCUUAAAGCACUAUUAUUAUUUUAAGAUGGCAAAUAAUUAAGCAUGUUCCUCAACGGUUGUCAUGACAGAUCUGCUCUUGACAAAGACCAGCAAAACAAAAUUCUGGCCAGACACCCGGACAGUGAAAGCCAUGGCGUCAAUUAAAUAGUUUUCUCUUUGCGUCAUGGUGCCCAUAACAUGAACCCGAUCAUACACAGUCCCUCCCAGAGCAGCCAACGCCCUUUUGGAGCACUUGAGCACUAACAAAGCU